GCGACUGAUUAAUAUCCGAUUCCGACAUCCAUUUUGGAAGCUUGCCGGAAUAAUCCAGCUUAACAUUUAGGUUUUAAAGUGUAAGCCAUAGCUGAUCGAUAUGUGGCUUGCGAUUGGGUCCAUAUUGUCAAUGAUUUCAUUGCUGAAAGGUCAAUACGUUUUAGCUCCCUAUCAGGUAUCUAUACGAUCCAGUGUGCCAACAAUUGUGGGAAACCUUGCAUCUAAUGGCUUUUCCAAGCAAAUUUGCAAUGGGAUUAUCAUUCGAGACAAGUAUAUUUUGACCACUGCCAAUUGUAUGCAUGUGCAAGAUAUGCAAACCAGAGUUAGCCGAACCAUUAAUCCAAGUGAAAUUUUCAUCAUCGCUGGAAAUAUCAACUUGAAUCAAGCUGAUUACGGAGAAGAGGCAAAAGGUACUUUUAGACGGAAUGUUGUGUCCGUGAUAUCACACGGAAAAUUCAACGCAUCAACAGGAGAGAAUGAUAUCGCCCUGCUAAAGCUUGACCGCUCGAUGCCGCUGUACAACAAUACGAACUCGGUUCGCUGGAUAGAGCUGCAACAACAACAACAUCAGCAAUCGCACCCACAAUCCCUACCGGGUUCCGCUCAUCACCAGCAGCAGACAACAGCAGCAGCAACUAACAACAAAGUUAAUGAAAACUGUUUCAUAAACAUUUAUAACAACUCUGUCGGGGUUUCCGACUACCCAUACACUUUGGUUAGAAAUGUUAGCUUUUUCCAAAAAUGGGUUUGUGACGCUCAGAGAGGAUCGAUUGCUGUAGGUCAAACCGCAGUGGGUAGGAAUGGAACCUGUAUCGAGUAUCGGUUCAGUAAUCCACAGUCAUGCUGGCUCGAUGCAAAUUCCCUGAGGCGCAGCGAGGAACGGGGCACCGCUCUGAUAUGUAACUUCAAAUUAGUGGCCAUUUUGGCGGAAAUAAAUCCACCCUCGAAUCCGCAGAGCUGCACUUCGAUAAAACGCUCUACGGCUUACUACACCAUGAUUGAGCCGUACCACGAUUGGAUUGUGAGUGAAAUUGGAUAUCUUUACACCGCACCCAGCCCAGCCGGAGUCAAUGGCACGGUAGCAACGAGUGGUCCCAUGGCUACACAACCUAACCCAAAUGGAUCACCAGCAGCUCCAAUACCGUCCUGGGGUGACCAGGAAAAAAAUGCUAUCACUCCAGGAAAAUCCAAAUCCACAGCAGCGCCAUCAAUCAGCUCCGGAAUUGUAUUCAAACUUAUUCUCUUUAAUUUAUUCAUUCCAUUUGCGUUCGUUUAUCGAUUCCAUCAUUGAUGAUGACGACCGACGCGACGAAGACGGUGAGGUUGUGAAAGCCAUCGGAAUGGAACCACAUCAUACGGCGUCUAUUUUCCAUAAUCCCAUCUCCGUCGGGCAUGGCGGGCCACAGUCACCAAUUUAACCGUUUUUGAAACUCGUGCAUUUCACGACCCACCAUAUGUAGAUAUAUGACUGUAUGGAUGAAUAAACUUUUUCCGCAGGGUGGAUUGUAAA